AUGGCUCAGGACAACGCCGCCUUCUGCGGGGUGCCCGAGGGGGUCCCCACGGGGGUCCCCGCCGAGGCCAAGCCCCCUCCCCCGCCCGCCCCCGCCCCCAGGCGCCGCCCGUGGGGGGCCGGGGGGGCCGGGGGGCCGCGGAAGCGCCAGCGCUACGUGGAGAAGGACGGCAAGUGCAACGUGCAGCACGGCAACGUGCGCGAGACCUACCGCUACCUGACCGACAUCUUCACCACCCUGGUGGACCUCAAGUGGCGCUUCAGCCUCCUCAUCUUCAUCCUGGCCUACGCCCUCACCUGGCUCUUCUUCGGCCUCAUCUGGUGGGUCAUCGCCUACAGCCGCGGCGACCUGGAGCACCUGGGCGACCACAGCUGGACGCCGUGCGUCAACAACCUCAACGGCUUCGUGUCCGCCUUCCUGUUCUCCAUCGAGACCGAGACCACCAUCGGCUACGGGCACCGCGUCAUCACCGACACGUGCCCCGAGGGCAUCGUGCUGCUGCUGCUGCAGGCCAUCCUGGGCUCCAUGGUCAACGCCUUCAUGGUGGGCUGCAUGUUCGUCAAGAUCUCGCAGCCCAACAAGCGCGCCGAGACGCUGGUGUUCUCCUCGCACGCCGUGGUGUCGCUGCGCGACGACCGCCUGUGCCUCAUGUUCCGCGUGGGCGACCUGCGCGACUCGCACAUCGUGGAGGCCUCGAUCCGCGCCAAGCUCAUCCAGUCCAAGCAGACGCAGGAGGGCGAGUUCAUCCCGCUGGACCAGACCGACCUGAGCGUGGGCUUCGAGACGGGCGACGACCGGCUCUUCCUGGUGUCGCCGCUCAUCAUCAGCCACGAGAUCGACGAGCGCAGCCCCUUCUGGGACGUGUCGCGGGGGCAGCUGGAGAGGGACGACUUCGAGAUCGUCGUCAUCCUCGAGGGCAUGGUGGAGGCCACGGGGAUGACGUGCCAGGCCCGCAGCUCCUACCUGGCGGACGAGGUGCUGUGGGGUCACCGCUUCACGCCGCUGCUCAGCCUGGAGGAAGGAUUUUACGAGGUUGACUACGGGGGCUUCCACCACACCGUGCCCGUGCCCACCCCCGCCUGCAGCGCCCGCCAGCUCGCGGCCGCCGCCGCCCGCCGCGACGCCCACCUGUACUGGUCCAUCCCCAGCCUGGACGAGGCGGCGGCGGCGGCGGCGGGGGGCGAGGGCGACCCCGAGGUGUCCCCCCGAGAGAGCAACGGGACCUUGGCCAGCCCCGAGUCGCGGUGAUGCCGCCGAAAUCCG